CUCGACUGGUUGGAAGAAGCAAAAAAACCACGCGGAUUUCAAAGUCCUCGAUUAAUCAAAUCAUUUCAGAAUUAUUUUCACGUCCGAUUUCCCGAUUCAUGCUUUGCUCGUCGAUCUUUCCUCUCGCCGUGCCGCACAAUCGAUUCGCACUCCGUCUAAACCUUCUAUCGCUCAAUAAUCACGCUCUGCAGCAUCCGCCCACUGGCCGUUGUCUCAUAAUCGGAGUUCGAUUUUGGAAGUUUCAGUGUUUCGUUGUAUUUAUUGAGUUGGUCGCAAAAUCUUCAUACUUUAAUCGCUAGCUCUACAUGGAAUACAAUGCGUUCGAUAGCAGUGGUUCAGAAGCUUGGAUUGAGUAAUGCAAGUUAGGGAUUGUGGAUGCCAUUACUAAUGACAGUUUUGUAUAUUUAGCUUAAAAAUAAAUGAUAUUUCGAAUACAAUGCAUGCCAAUCCUACUUUGCUGAUGUGUGAUCAGGUUUGAAUGGUUUGCAUUCAUGCUUAAUUUAUGCUGACUUGCUUCAUUGCAGGGACAGAUGACGAUCUUCCUCCAACGCAUCAAAAUAGAGGUGGUCGUAUUGCCAGUAAUGGUAGAUCAACAGCAGUAGGUUCUAUCCCUUAUCCAAGGAUGCAUGGAGAAACUGAUAUGGAGACUCUAAUUCGCCAGCUGGAGCAAGAAGCAUACAGUUCAGUUUUAAGAGCCUUUAAAGCUCAAGCUGAUGCUAUUACUUGGGAGAAGGAAGGUUUGAUAACUGAACUUAGAAAGGAGUUGAAAUUGUCAAAUGAAGAACACAGAGAACUUCUUGGCAGAGUAAACUCUGAUGAGGUCAUCCAAAGAAUAAGGGAGUGGAGACAAUAUGGUGGGAACCAACAAGGAAUACUUAGUACAGGUCCUCAAUCCGGCAUUCAUAGUUAUGGGCAAGCUAUUCACGAUUUGAUCCCCAGCCCUUCUGUCUCCGCUUCUCGGAAGAAACAAAAAGUGGCACCAUCAUUACCAUCUCAUUCUUUUGGUGGACCAUCACCUAGUUUUCACCCAGCAGCGCUAAAUACAUCUAAUCAACCAUCAUCAGUUGCUAAGAGAGGGUCUGUGGUGGGUCCCAAAGGGAAAAAACAAAAAUCUGGUCCAUUACCCUCUGGUGCAACUAAGGCUCAAUAUCCUCCCUCUGGCCUUUCUGGAAGAGAUCAAUCUGGUAAUAUGAUUGCUAGGCCAACUGAUGGAGCUUCAUUGAUUGGAAGGAAACUAAGAACCAGAUGGCCCGAGGACAAUAAUUUCUAUGAUGCUAUCAUAACGGAUUAUGAUGCAGUGAAUGGACUCUAUAGUCUUGUUUAUGACAAUGACACUCCAAAUGAGACUUGGGAAUGGAUAAACCUUUCAGAGAUUUCUCCUGAGGAUAUUAUAUGGGACAAUGGUCCAGGAGGACAAGGCGUAAAUAGAGCUUUUGGUCGUGUUAGUGCCCCACCAGGUGUGGGCAGAGGAAGGGGAUUUACUAGAGCUCAGCACAGAAAGGAUUUUCCACCAUCACAGAAUGGCGUGGCAAAUAGAGGAUCAGAUGACAUUCAUUUACUUCACACCGAUACGCUAGUUAAGGAGGUUGAGAGGAUAUUUGGUGCGGGACAUCCUGAUCCUGUUGAAGUUGAGAAAGCCAAAAAAGUGCUAAAGGAGCAUGAGCAAUCACUUAUUGAUGCUAUUUCAAGGCUUGGUGAUAUUUCUGAUGGUGAAAGCGAUGAACAUCAUCAUUUCAUGCAUGGGAACCCAAUGGUGGUGGAGUGACAUUUUACGGUGUUCUUAGGUAGUCAGACUUGUAGUUGAGGAAGAAGCUCUUUCGGUAAUGGCAUUGCUGUUUACAGUGUCAGUGUCGUUUAAAUCGGAUGCUUAGUAGUUGCUGAAUGGCGACUUUGAUCUCUGUGAUUCUUGUAACCUUUGAAAUGUAGGUUAACAUGUAGCUGUGGCUCUGAUUAUUCCUUAUAAUUUGUAUAAAAAAACACAAUAUUAAUAAUGGUUUUUAUCCUGUUACAAAUCAUGUACAGAACUUGUGUUGGUGGUGGUGGACUUAUGUUGAU